AUGUGUCAGAGCUUUAAAGUCGUGUUGACUAUCAUAGUAUUAUCAUCGGUGAGUAGAGCGAAGAUAAUAAGAAACAAUGCUCUCAUGACCAAGAUGGUGUCGAACUAUCAAAGAGACAACGACGUGUCUGAACCCGAGGGUGAAAAGACUCCCGUGUUGACGAGGAUGCAGCAGGUGCUGUGUAAGAACUUCCCGACCAUCCCUUGUGAGAUGAUCACUGAGGAUAAGACACUCAAGAAACUCAUAGAGAAGUCCAUACAACAGAUCAACUUCAAGAAACUAUCUCUGGACAAAACGACCCCGCUGCCGAGAUACCUCACGCUAUUCCCCGUCCUUAACAACGAAGAUCUAUCCAACUACGUACAGACACACGACGUGUACAAAGACACGCACAAGAAAAACAAAAUCAUUAAAGAUAAGAAGUCCAUAGGGAAACGGAAGAACAAGACGAAAUCCAAACACACGGCCGUCUACAACAGAAAGAAGAUGAGGAAGUUCUAUCCGCACAAAGUUAAAUACAGAGAUAAGAACACGGCGCCUGGAACCGGAACCGGAAUGGGAACUGGAACGGGAACCAUCAAGGAGGACUUCGGAGAUAACUCCGCGGAUAAGCUGUCCAUGUCCGUAGAGGUUCCGGAUAUGACGCUGACCCGGAAACACCAGCACUACUCGUAUAAGAUGGAACCGGCUGACUCGCCAGUAUGGAGAAUAGACUAUAUGAAGCACGGAGAACACAGUCUGGAUCUGUUCAGAGACCAGCUUGGAGACAAGCUCGUGGAGAGCAGGGCGAGCCUCGCGAGGGACCACGAGCGACCGAGGAAAGACGUGCUACACUCAGACGUCAUCAUUAAGAAGAACUACGUGAGAAAGAAUACUGACGGCUCGGACGGAGCGGAGUAG